GGAGAAGACUGUAACAAUGUCGGAGAAAGAUCUGGACAAAGUUGAGCCCAUGGAUGUUGACACGCCAGGUGGUCCUACCCAGAAAACUAUCUAGAAAACCAGUAAAUGCAAACUGGUUCUGCUUAAAUCCAACAGUCAAGGUCGUCUUACAUGCUGUGUGGGUGAAUGCUAAAAGAAACUGGUCAAGGCUUCAGAAUGACAGAUACUGAGACAAAGUCCAACUCAGAAGGCGGAUAUGAUUUAAAGUUGGAAAUAAUCCUUAUGACAGAGAUCGAAGGUUGAGAUGGCUUCUUCAAAUCACCAAGAUGAGGCACUUCUAACUCUCUUCAUAAAGUGGGAGGAAUCCAAGAAACCACAGAAAGUAAAGGUGUACCUGGAAAAAACUCUUCAAAGCUGGUUCAGCAAAAUCAGAACAGACGUUGACUGCUCAGUUAAAGAGAUCCUAGCAGAUGAGAGGGUUGUAAUAAGGAUCACACAUCCUCCAGCCGUGAAUGAGCUUCAGAAACUGACAGGUGAAACAUUAACGCAGAAAGAUGGGACAAAAACAGCCACCAUACUGUCAGUCAGCCUGGGAUCACCAAAGAUGGAUGCAGACGAUGCUUCAGCAAAUACUACUCCUGCAGCUGCUUUAAUGAACACCAAACAUUCACUGUCAGAGCUGCCAGUCGUUGAGAUGGCUUCUUCAAAUCACCAAGAUGAGACACUUCUAACUCUCUUCAUAAAGUGGGAGGAAUCCAAGAAACCACAGAAAGUAAAGGCGUACCUGGAAAAAACUCUUCAAAGCUGGUUCAGCAAAAUCAGAACUGACGUUGACUGCUCAGUUAAAGAGAUCCUAGCAGAUGAGAGGGUUGUAAUAAGGAUCACACAUCCUCCAGCCGUGAAUGAGCUUCAGAAACUGACAGGUGAAACAUUAACGCAGAAAGAUGGGACAAAAACAGCCACCAUACUGUCAGUCAGCCUGGGAUCACCAAAGAUGAAUGCAGAUGAUGCUUCAGCAAAUACUACUCCUGCAGCUGCUUUAAUGAACACCAGACGUUCAGUGUCAGAGCUGCCAGCCGAACAGAUGCAGCUUGGAGGACAGAAGGACCCAGUCACUGCAGCAGGAAACAAUCUUCAAGAUGAUAAAAAGAGAUCGGAGGAUUGUGUUGUUCCACUGGGUCUUUACUGGUAUGUCAGCCAGAUCUGCAAAAAGGAACUCAAAUGCAUAGAGGAAGAAACUAAAGUUACUAUAAAACCAAAUCUCACAGUGAGUUUUGAACCAAAACAGAAAGAUGGAAAACCAGAUGAAGCUCUGGAUAGGUUCACAGAUCUGAUCCAAAAAUGCUUGUCUGAUUCCAGCAGCUCAGUUAUUCCUCUGAAGUUUGUAGAUCCUGAUCAGUGGGGCGAUGCACUGAAAGUCAUUAUGAACAAAAACAACAAGCUUUUAGUCACCAUGUCCUCUGAGGAAAUAACCGUCUGUGGGCAAAAACAUUGUCAAGAUUCUCUCAGUUCAACCUUAUAUCCAAUGCAGAAAUCCAGCAGCGCUUCUGAAGAGUCUGAACAGCCGACUUGGUCUGAUAACCUCAAUGAUGAACUCUCCCUGAAGAUCACAAUGACGAUCAAAGAUGAUCUUGGUGUUGCAGGACUAACUAUGGAGGAGAACCGCUGGAAGGAUUUAAAAUCGUCUUGUACCCCCCAACUUGAAAAGAUCAAAGCUAAGUUCAAUGUGAACUUCAAAGAAUCCAGCAUCAGUGAGGGAAAAGUUAAUGUCAAAACUUCCUACAAAAGACCUGGAGGAAACGCAGCCAUGGAGAGUCAUGCUGUCAGAGCUCUGCUGCGCCUGUACCAGAAAAUGAUGACGUCACCUCUGCCUCCACCUUAUGGUGCAACUGGGCUCAAUGGUUCUGAAGAGACUUCUAGUGGAGCUGAAGUGAACGGUCAUUCAACACAAAACAGAGAAGAAUCAGCCAGAGGGGGCGCAACAGGGGACAGCAAAGAUGAUGAUUGCUCUAUAUGUUUGUCCCAAUUUACCGAUAAGAAACAGCUGAAGUGUAAACAUGAGUUUUGUGGGGAGUGCCUGAAAAGCGCAGAGAAACACAGUGGACCCAUCUGUCCUAUAUGCAAGGAUGUUUUUGGUGUGAUGAAGGGACACCAACCUGAUGGAACAAUGAAGUGGGAUAGAAAUCAUUGCCCGCUCCCUGGAUUCCCAAAUUGCGGCAACAUAGUCAUCACCUAUGAUAUUCCAAGCGGAAAACAAACGGAAAAACACCCCAAUCCUGGACAAUGCUAUGUAGGAACCACCAGACGUGCAUAUCUUCCAGACAACAAAGAGGGCAAUGAAGUGCUGAAUCUCCUGAAAAAAGCUUUUGAUCAGAGGCUGAUUUUCACUGUUGGAACUUCUAGGACAAGUGGGGCAGAGGAUGUGGUGACCUGGAAUGACAUCCACCACAAGACAUCCUCGAUAGGAGGACCAGAGGGGUUUGGAUAUCCUGACGAGAAGUACCUGAGCAGAGUGAAGGAUGAGCUGAAAGCCAAAGGAAUUAAGUGAAUUGUUUUAAAGUUUUUAUUUUACAUUUAAAAAAUAGAAUUAAUCUCUUUUCUAUGAUCAAGUAUUAGAGGACCAAUGUAGAUAAAAGAAAAAAAACGUAAAUCACUAAUGUGGCCACAGAGGAGUAAAUAUCUGCUAAAAACUCACAUAUUAAUGAGGAAAACAUUUACAUAUUCUCUUAAAAAGUUGUAAGUUUGCAAAAAAAAUUUUUCCAUGAUUAAAGACAUAAAUUUACAAUAUUAAAACUAAGAUAACUAAGAUAGAAAUUUGUAUAAAAAGACAACUCAGAAGUUUACUACAAUUGUAAAGUCAAAUAUUUGACAGAAAAAUCUAGAAGUCCUCUAAGGCUGAAGUGGUAAAUUUAUGAUUUGCGCAUCUGGAAAUUGUCCAAAGUGUAAGCGGUGGAUCUGGUCUCUUCCUGAGUCAGAACAUCUGGGUGCAGACUCACCAUGAACGCCAUGAAUGGGAUCCAGAGUACACGCUUGAGACAGCGAGGAAGAAACUGCAACAUGGCUGCAUCAAGUCUGCACCUGGGAGAUGUUAUACCUGGAAAAAAGAUCUGAUAUUCCACUUUGGAAAAUAUCCAGAUGUGCAUCUCAUAUUUACCACUGAAACUUAGAGGACGCCAUUGUAGAUGUUUGACUUUACAAUCUUAGUAAACGACUUAGUUUUUCUGAUAUAUUUUAGACUUUUUUUCUUACAAAUUUCUCACUCGACAAGGUUAGAUAAUUUCCUCGCUUUAAUAUCAUAAAUCUUUGUCUUUAAUCAUCUAAAAUUACCCUUUUUCCUGCAAAGAGAAUAUCCAAGUUGUUUUCUUGUAAAUAUGUGAAAUUAAUCCAGAAAUUCCUGGGUUUUUCGGGGGAAAUGUGUUCCUCCGUGCCCACAUACUUUUUUUCUCUUUGAUAUAAAAAGGCCCUAAUAUUAGGUCAUACUUCUUUUUUGAAAAGUAAUACUUAAUAAAAUAAUUUAGAGCGCAUCAGUAAAGUCUGACAGCUCAAGAGUUUCCUGUCUAUCAGCUUGCAGAAACUAAGAAUUUGUUUUUAAUUUGUUUUAAAUGAUCUUUUUGUCAUUUUGGUGGAUUUUUCUUUACAUGCAUAGAAUGAAUCACAAAUGUAACUUGGAUACAAAUGUAAUUUACAUCCAUAUUAUUUAAGAUGAUCAGAUUUAGUCUUGGUAAAAUUGGAAAUGCACUGCGCUUGUAUAGCGCUUUUCCCUGAUAAAUAAAUGACUCAACUCAGA